CUAUAGACCGCCGUCGUCUCCAAGCGACGGGCGAACGGAUCCCGCGUGCGGCCGCGCUCGCCCACAAAUUUCUCAGGCAACCGCGCGCGCUGUUCUCCCGCGCUCUGCUCGCGACUUGCCCCAAAUUUCUUCGCCCUCCCAUCUACGCAGCCGCCAUCUGCUCGCCCCCCAUCUGGUAUUCUCGCCGGAGUUGGUGCACGGGAUGUCCACACCCGGCGCAGCUCGGAGUAGGAAUGGAUCGAGGACAUUGGAUGCGGCGGCGACGGCCCCAGGCCGAACCCUACGUGUCGGGGCGGCAACGGCGGAUCCCUCGUUUGGUCGGGGUUCUUUUGGUUGUGGUGUCGGGCUAUCAGCGCCGCCCCGUUCUCGCGGACGCGGUGGCGGGUCAGUAGCGGCAGCGACGGCCAUCCCGGCUUUCUCCAUUGAUGGUUCUGUUGGAGGUGACUUCACCAGCUCAAUUGGUCCUCAUGCAUCGUCUCAACCUUGGUUUGAUGCAGCCGGCGGUGAUUCCUCAUCUCCUGGAUCAUGGGACCAAGAUGUACAUCCACUUGGUGGUUUCAUGAGCUAUUUUGGAAAUGAAGCACAGAACUCUCAUUUGGUUGGUGCAGUUAUUCACAGGAGUCCUCUGAAUCAGGCACACAAUGGUAGUUCACCGCCCGAAGUGGAAAUAUUACAUGGCAAUGACAGUGUUAGAACAGAGAAGAGGAUCAUGUGGACUCCGGACGAGGAUGUUAGAGUGAUGAGCGCUUGGUUAGAACAUUCAACUGACUCUACCUGUGGAGCGGAUAAGGGUGGUGUCCAAUAUUGGGGUGAGGUUGUCCAAACGUACAACAAAACUACCCCUCCACUUCAAAGAAGAAAUGUGAAGCAAUGCAAGGAUAGAUGGAACAAGAUUAACAAAUGGACAGACCUCUUUGAAUGUGCUUACGCUAAGGCUCGUAGAGUAUUUACAAGUGGAUAUUCGGCUGAAAUGUGGAUUGAUGCAGCACACAAGUUCUAUGUGGAUGACAACAAAGAAUGCAAAGACGUGGUUGGACCUUAUAUGCUGACAGAGGUUUGGAAAAUUUGCCGAGAUGUGCCAAAGUGGAAAACAUAUAAUGAAAACCUGAAGAAUGCACGUAAAAGGAAAGCAUUUCAUCUGGAAGGAGAAUCUGAGGAAAAUGAGGACAUUUGUGAUGAGAUGCCACAACGACCAAUUGGUCAGAAGGCAGCUAAAAAGGCAGCUCUAGCAGCUAAAAAUAGCAAGUUCAAGGGUUCCAGCAAUAGUGAUGAUGGUCACUCAAAGGAUUCUCCUAUUGAGCUAGAUAAAUUUGAUAGAUACAGUAAAUUCCAGGAGGCAAACAAUGAGAAACGUAUGUAGCUAUUGGAUAGGCAAGAGAAGAUAGCUUCUGAAAAGCUAGAGGCCACAAAAAUUGCUCACCUUACAGCACAAGAGUACAGAGAAGGAAAGAAGCUUGAUAAAGAGACAAAGAUGAUGGAGACUUAUAACAACCUCGUUUCACAGGAUACAAGUUCAAUGUCCGAUGAGGAAAAGGCGCAGCGAGCUAUGAUGAUGAAGUGUCUUAUGAAGGCCAUUUUUCUUGAAACUGCUUGUUGACAAAUUUAGUAGUUCUGAAAUUUAGCCAAAUUCAGUUUUCUACUUAUGCAGUACCCAUAUAUGUUCAGUACUUGUAGUUUCAGUUUCAGGU